AUGGGAGAGCGUUCAGCUCAUAAACGGCAGCAACGUGGUCAUCGUGGUGGUGCCCGAAGCCAAGGUGUUCUUGCAAAGCCAGCAGUGGUUCCUUACAUUCCGGACGUACACAACGUGAGCUGGCUGGUGAGCCAAAAUUCGUCGGAGUACAUCACGGUUGGACUGGCUGGUGCAAGCAUGUUUUUCGACUUGCUCAUGUUUGGUGGUUGCAUCACUAAGACUCCGCAAAUGCUGGACGCCGGAUGCCUGUGGCACUACUUCGAUUUGGGCGCCGACCUUAUCGUCGGCUUCGUGUCAGCCAAUUACUCGCCGCCCAUUAUCGUCAUCAACAAAACCGUCGUCGUGCAACUGCCGAAACAGCCACCGGGGCCCGUUGGACCAUCUAUCUGCGCGGGACUGGCCCUGUGUCCUGACGCCACGAAUGUUCUCGAUGCAGCGAACGCUGUGCUUGACGAUAGCGCCGCGAAGCAGCUGUCCGCUGCCGUCAGCAGCCACCGGGCAACAGAGGUGGCGUCGGCAGUCAACCAGGAGAAUCCGUACAAGAUUCUUCUAGAGCCACCCACUGUGCGGCAGUUCCUGCACUUUCCCUACGUUUUAAUCAGGGCCUUUGUUAAGUGCCAGAUGCUGGGAAUGUACGGCAAAUUUGUCCGUCAUUACAAGAAAUGA